AUGGACGCAUUCGAUGGUGACUCAGAUCUCUCAGACGUUUCGGCUCCACCAACGCCAGGUCCGGCUGCCACACCUCGCGCUACAUCACCCGAAGCAUCUUCAGCUGAAGCAGUCAAGUCUGAGACUGCCGCUUCUGUAGAGUCGCCUCAGCCCACCAACAAACGACGCUCAUCGAGGAGAGGCUUAGAAGCAGAACCUGCCGCAGAACUGCCAACGCUGGCGCCAACAACAACACGAAAGAAGAAUGUAGCAUCCACAAGCUCCCUCGCUGAACCAUCUGCCACCGCGACAAAAUCUGAUAACACGUCAGCUUCGAAACGCAGAACAUCAGCACGAGACCGCAAAGCACCGGCCAAGCUAAGAUCACCUUCACCAACCGUAGAAGCUGCCGCUGAAUCUUCGCCGACCGCGAAAGCUGCCAAAGAAUCAUCGAGGGCCUCUAGCUCAACAGAAGCGCCAAACGCGCGGCUAAAAGUGAAGUUCAAGGGACGAUCCAGUGCAGAUGAAAGCGGAUUCUCGCGUGGUGCAACACCACAAACUACAUCUGCGACCAAAGUGACGUUGAAAGUCGGUGGCCGCAGGAAGAAGCUAGCAGACGAUCUGCGGGACCUUGCCCAUGAUGAUGACGAUGAGAAGGACGCCGACGAAGACGCUCAUCCCGAAGACGAUUUCGUGCCCGACGGAGGGGCUGCAGGCAGCAAGGAUGCUGCAGAUGACGAAAAGCCUACUACCUGCAAACGAGACAGGAACGCACGCAACAAGAUAGCCGGACGAAGGCGAGCAAUCCUGGCAGACGAUGAAGAGGAUGAGGAUGCAGGUGAAGAGGGCACACCGAAACCGCCGCAGAGGAAGCGUGCAAAGUUGUCAGACACAGGUCCAGCUGGCAGUGGGAAGGGCAAAGUAAGGAGCGCGCGAAGCGGCAAGAAGGCAGUGGACUACAGCGAUGACGAUGACGAGGAUGAGGAGAUGGUGGACGCUGCUUCUGACGAGGAAGAUCUCGAAGACGCCGCCGCGUUGAACACGGACGACGAGUUCGAUGAGGAUGACGGGCCUUCUCGAGGCGGUAAGUCGACGCGAAAGGGAAAGGCCGGUGUGGAUGUAGCAAAGAAGGCGGGUGGCCGAGCUGUAGCCAUGAAGUCUUCGACAGCGGGAGGAGUAGCAAGAUCCAAGAAAACAGGGGCUGCAGCAGCAUCUACCUCUUCAGCCCCACCAAACACUGCUAGUUCGAAGGCGAUGUCAGCAGAAGCUCGAAUGCGAGCCUCCAUUGACGCUGCAAAGGACAAGUCGCUCAAAGCACCUGUUGUACCCUCCGCUUCGACCGGCAUCAAGCUCAAUCCGCAAGCAUCAGCAUUCCGUCCAAGCGGCGCCCUCAAAACCGGCCCAGGCGGAGCCUCCACCCCGGUUGGCGCUGGCAGACCUUCCACUGCUUCAUCUGCCGCAGGCUCAGGGGCAAAACGCAUCCCAACAGGCGGCAAACCGGCAUUUGGUAAAAGCAUGUCUGGCUGGGACCAGCUCUUUGGCGGCAUCUCUGGUCUCUCCACCUCCUCGUCCUCCACACCGAACAAAGGCACGCCAACCAAACCAAAUGCAGCAGGAAGCAAGCCAGGUACUCCAUCAGGAACCGCAGCAGCAGCAGCGUCAAGUACAGGCAUUCGGCCCGAUCCGGUGCUCGAAUCCGCUUCUCCAGCUGACGUGCAACGACUAAAGGAACAGGCGAAUCAAGACCACCUUAACACGGACGAAUGCUUUGAUCUGCUGGCGCACGCGGAUAUCAUGGUUGCGUUCGAGAGGUCGUUGUACGCGGAAGAUCGGAAAUUGGCGACGAGGUUACGACCGGCCAUUUGGAAGGCGGGGACUAUCCUUCAGCAAGGGGCUUCCCAGCAGAAAGCGCAGGAACAACAGCAGGGUGCGCCGCAAGCAGCACAGUGA